AUGCAAGCCACCGCCCAAUCCGAAAGCUCUUCUGCGGAAAAGCGACCACUGUCAAAGAGGGGGAAGAUUAAUCUCGCAAAACAAAUAAAGAAGAGUGAAGAGAGAAUUGCCGCAAAGAAAAAAAAUCAGAGAGAGAAGAGAAAGAAGCAGAAGCAGGAAUUGGAGUCGGCGAAAGGAGAGAAGAAGGAGAGAGAAGUGUUGGCGGAGGGGAUGGGAACGUUGGUGAUGGAGGAGAAGAAAGUGAAGAUGAGUGGAGCUAUGUUCGAAGGAUAUCGGGAGAAGAGAGCGAUCGAUGAUGGAGAUGACGAUCAGGAUGGCGAAGAAGAUGAUGAAGCCAGAGAUGAAUUUGGAGAUGGACAUGAGAUGAGUAAAGUAAAUGUAGAGAUAUGCGAGAAAUCACAAUGA